AUGCCUGAAUUAUUCUAACCCAUAAAUUAAUGUACUAAUACAUACUCCAGCUGCUUGAUAGUAGUUCUUAGAAGUUCUGGCUUUUUUGUGACUUUUUUCAGAUUGUUUUUCAUCUAGCUGAAGAUGCUAUUGCUUCUAGAAUGUUUGUCAAAUUCUACUACCUAUAGUUCCUUUUAGAAAAAUGCUGACUUAUGGCACUCACUUGAAUAAUACUUCAAUUUUUCAUGGUUUGUUAAGUUAGUGAAGGUGAAAUAGUCAACAUAAUUUCAAAGCUUUAAAUGCGAUUAUCUGCUUUUUUAUCUUAAAAGCACCAAUCACUUUAUGUUUCAGCAAUAUAUGGUGAAGACUAAUCAUUAAUUGCUGAGCGUGAGAUCAUACCCAGACAAUAGAUCUGAAUGUUUCUUAUAUAAUAUGUUGCUUCUCUAAAUUAAUUACUGUAAAAUAGUUUUUCUGCCCUAAUAAAUUUGCGCGAAAAUUUUCAGAUCUUGUGAAGGAAAACUGACAUUUUUGUGUACAGAGUUUCUUGAAUUGUAAAUCAAUUAAUGCUGUUGGGACUAUCUGUUAUUAAGCUCACUAUUAAAAGAUUAUUAGUUCACCUACUAUUACCUGUUAUCUCGUAACCUUUAAAACAAUGCUUGUGGAAUAUUAGUACCAAAUAUUAAGCAGUCUUGGAUUAUAUAUUUCAUUUGCAUAGGAUUUUUAUUCUUAUCCCAAAAUUCUUUUGGUUCUAUUGAAUAAAUUUUUUGUUAGUUACUUAAUGAAUGA